CGCGCCGGCAGGCUGCCCAGGCAGCCGCCCCCGCCCCCUCGGCGUCCCGCUCCCGCCCCCGGCUUCGCCUCCCGCUGCCGCCGCUGCUGCCGCCGCCGCAGCCGCUUUCCGCGGCCUGGGCCUCCCGCAGUCAGCAUGCCACACGCCUUCAAGCCUGGGGACUUGGUGUUCGCUAAGAUGAAGGGCUACCCUCACUGGCCGGCCCGGAUCGAUGACAUUGCUGACGGCGCCGUGAAGCCCCCACCCAACAAGUACCCCAUCUUUUUCUUUGGCACGCACGAAACAGCCUUCCUGGGACCCAAGGACCUGUUCCCCUAUGACAAAUGUAAAGACAAGUACGGGAAACCCAACAAGAGGAAAGGCUUCAAUGAAGGGCUGUGGGAGAUCCAGAACAACCCCCACGCCAGCUACAGCGCCCCUCCGCCGGUGAGCUCUUCCGACAGCGAGGCCCCCGAGGCCAACCCCGCUGGCGGCAGUGAGGCUGACGAGGACGACGAGGACCGGGGAGUCAUGGCCGUCACAGCAGUGACUGCCACAGCUGCCAGCGACAGGAUGGAGAGCGACUCGGACUCAGACAAGAGUAGCGACAACAGUGGCCUGAAGAGGAAGACGCCUGCGCUAAAGAUGUCAGUCUCGAAGCAGGCGAAGGCCUCCAGCGGCCUGGAUCAGGCCAAUAAGGCGCCGUCAGCCUCCGACUCUGACUCCAAGGCAGAUUCGGACGGGGCCAAGCCUGAGCCGGUGGCCGUGGCGCGGUCGGCGACCUCCUCCUCGUCUUCCUCCUCCUCCUCCGACUCCGACGUGUCUGUGAAGAAGCCUCCGAGGGGCAGGAAGCCAGCCGAGAAGCCUCCCCCGAAGCCGCGAGGGCGGAAACCGAAGCCUGAACGGCCUCCGUCCAGCUCCAGCAGUGACAGUGACAGCGACGAGGUGGACCGCAUCAGUGAGUGGAAGCGGCGGGACGAGGCGCGGAGGCGCGAGCUGGAGGCCCGGCGGCGGCGCGAGCAGGAGGAGGAGCUGCGGCGCCUGCGGGAGCAGGAGAAGGAGGAGAAGGAGCGGAGGCGCGAGCGGGCCGAGCGCGGGGAGGCUGAGCGGGGCAGCGGCGGCAGCAGCGGGGAGGAGCUCAGGGAGGACGAUGAGCCCGUCAAGAAGCGAGGACGGAAGGGCCGGGGCCGGGGUCCCCCGUCCUCCUCUGACUCUGAGCCCGAGGCCGAGCUGGAGAGAGAGGCCAAGAAAUCAGCGAAGAAGCUGCAGUCCCCAAGCACAGAGCCCGCCAGGAAACCCGGCCAGAAGGAGAAGAGAGCGCGGCCCGAGGAGAAGCCACAAGCCAAGCCCGUGAAGGUGGAGCGGACCCGGAAGCGGUCCGAGGGCUUCUCGGUGGACAGGAAGGUAGAGAAGAAGAAAGAGCCCUCCGUGGAGGAGAAGCUGCAGAAGCUGCACAGUGAGAUCAAGUUUGCUCUCAAGGUCGACAGCCCGGACGUGAAGAGGUGCCUGAAUGCCCUAGAGGAGCUGGGCACCCUGCAGGUGACCUCUCAGAUCCUCCAGAAGAACACAGACGUGGUGGCCACCUUGAAGAAGAUUCGCCGUUACAAAGCGAACAAGGACGUGAUGGAGAAGGCGGCAGAAGUCUACACCCGGCUGAAGUCACGGGUCCUCGGCCCAAAGAUCGAGGCGGUGCAGAAAGCGAACAAGGCUGGGACGGAGAAGGAGAAGGCCGAGGAGAAGCUGGCCGGGGAGGAGCUGGCUGGGGAGGAGGCCCCCCAGGAGAAGGCGGAAGACAAGCCCAGCACCGAUCUCUCAGCCCCGGUGAAUGGCGAGGCCACGUCGCAGAAGGGGGAGAGCGCGGAGGACAAGGAGCACGAGGAGGGUCGGGACUCGGAGGAGGGGCUGAGGUGUGGUUCCUCUGAAGACCUGCACGACAGCCUACGGGAGGGUCCCGACCUGGACAGGCCUGGGAGCGACCGGCAGGAGCGCGAGAGGGCACGGGGGGACUCGGAGGCCGUGGACGAGGAGAGCUGAGCCGUGGGCAACCAGGCCCCGCCCCCGCCCGAGCUCAGGCUGCCCCUCUCCUUCCCCGGCUCACGGGAGAGCAGAGUGGAGAACUGUGGGGAACGCCGUGCUGUUUGUAUUUGUUCCCUUGGGUUUUUUUUUUCUGCCUAAUUUCUGUGAUUUCCAACCACCAUGAAAUGACUAUAAAGGGUUUUUUAAUGAAAAAAGAAAU